CUUCCACUUUUGUGGAGCUUCUUUUAGGGAUCGCCAUAGAGUGUCCAGAGGGUCUUGUGAAGAGAACUUGUAAGUGGCUCAGCCUCCUCGCUGUGACCUCCGCCCUAUGCGGGCUGAGGCGACCCCGGGAACCCUAGAAGGCGGGGAAUGGAGUCAGUGACCUUUGAGGAUGUGGCUGUGAACUUCUCCCUAGAAGAGUGGGCUCUGCUGGAUCCUUCCCAGAAGAUGCUCUUCAGAGAUGUGAUGCAGGAAACCUUCUGGAACCUGACCACUCUAGGAAAACAAUGGAAAAAUCAGGCCAUCGAUGAUCACUACAGUUCCAAGGGAAAUCUAAGAAUUCAAGUGUUAGAGAGAUUCUAUGAACAGAAAAAAGAUGGUCAAUGUGGAGAGGUCCUCAGCCACAUCAUAGAUCCUCUUGAAAACAAGGUACGUUCUUCUGGAGUAAAACCAAGUGAACAUCAUGUGUGUGAAGAAGUCACCAUUGCUGAUCCAUCCCUAGUUGUGCCCCUGACAGCUCACACUGGACACAAAGCACAUGAGUAUCAGGAACAUGGAGAGAAGCCAUAUGAAUAUAAGGAAGAUGGGAAAGCCUUGCACGAUCCCCAACGUUUCCAGAAGCAUGAAAGAACUCACACAGGAGAGAAACCCAAUGUGUGUAAGCACUGUGGAAAAGCUUUGCGUUGUCUCAAAUCUCUUAAAAGACAUGAAAGAAAUCACAUAAGUGAGAAACCCCAUGUGUGUAAGCACUGUGGAAAAGCCUUUCGUUCUUCCAGCUACAUUAAAAUUCAUGAACGAAUUCACAGUGGAGAGAGACCAUACAAUUGCAAACAGUGUGGAAAAGCCUAUCGUUUUUACUAUGACCUUCAAAUUCAUGAACGAAAUCACAGUGGAAAGAAACCCUAUGUGUGUAAGCAAUGCGGAAAAGGCUUUAGUUCUUCAAGCCGCAUGAAAGUACAUGAACAAAUUCACAACAGAGAGAAAUCCUAUGUGUGUAAGCAAUGUGGGAAAGGCUUUAGUACUUCUAGAUACAUGAAAAGACAUGAACUAAUUCACAGUGGAGAGAAACCCUAUACAUGUAAACAAUGUGGAAAAGCUUUUCAUUUACAUAGAUCCCUUCAAAUGCAUGAGAUAACACACAAUGGACAGAAACCCUAUGUAUGUAAGCAAUGUGGAAAAGGUUUUCUUUCCUCCAGCUCCAUUAUCAAACAUGAACGAAAUCACAGUGAACAGAAACCCUAUACAUGUAAUCAGUGUGGGAAAGGUUUUCCAUUUCUCAGUUCCCUUCACAUGCAUGAACUAAUUCACAGUGGAGAGAAGCCCUAUACAUGUGAACAAUGUGGGAGAGCUUUCACUCAUUCCUAUGCCAUCAGAAGACAUGAAAAAACUCACACUGGAGAAAAACCCUUUGUAUGUAAGCAAUGUGGAAAAGGCUUUAGUUCUUCCAGCUCCGUUAGAAUACAUGAGCAAAUUCAUACUGGAGAGAAAAUCUAUGCCUGCAAACAUUGUGGGAAAGCUUUCAUUCACUCCUAUUUAGUCAGAAGACAUGAAGUAAUUCACACUGCAGAAAGACCCUACAUGUGCAAGCAAUGUGGCAAAUCCUACAGUGAUCCCCAUACCCUAAGACAACAUUGAAGAAUUCACAGUGCCAUGAAACAUGCAUGUGAGCAGUGCGGGAAAGCCUUUAGUCAUUCCUCCACCCUUAAAAUACAUGACAGAAUGCACACUGGAGAGAAACCCUGUGUGUGUGUGUGUAAAGAAUGCAGAGAAGCCUUCACUCCAUCCAGGUACCUUCUUAAACAUCAAGGAACUCAUACUUGAGAGAAACUCCAUGAGUAUAAACUAUGUGAGAAAGCCUUUUCUGGUUACAGUUCCCUUUCAUACCAUGAAAACAUUCACAGUUAGGAGGAACCUUAAUGAUGUCAGCAAUGUGGGAAAGCCUUUAUUCUCAGGUUCUUUCAAGUACAUAAAACAGCACACUGGAGAGUAACCCUGAAUACAGAAAAAAUGAGAAGUCUUUAUUAUCACAUGAACUUGUGAGCAAACAUAAUAAUGCAGCUGCAGUAACUUGUAUUUUUGCGAUAGAUAUGGGGACACUUGUUGCCAUCUUGGUUCAGUGGGCCCAUAUAAAUGAGCACAGUAUGCAGUGGAACCUGCAAUAGAAGACCUGUGAAAUGAUCUCUCUUUGGUUCAUAUGUAAGAAAUUACAGUGGAUGAAAACCCU